AACUUUGUUACUCCAUUACUAAAAUUGAUUUACUCACAUACCGAUCUUCGCAACCGGUAUUAUUAUGCACCAAUGAAGCUAUCGCGACGAUGGUUCGGCUGACAUAAAUUGAGUAUUAGAACACUAUACAGCUCAGCGUUUGCAGACCAUGUUUCCCAACCCGUCUUUAAGUUGUGUCUUGACGCUUUUCUCUUUUGCCCUAUUACUUUCCCGUGUUACUUUAACAAAUGGUCAAGAGAGCACUCCUAUUUCCUCCUGUAGUCAAACCUUCACUGGAAUGGACAGUGGAGUAAUACUCAGCCCCGGUUUUCCAGAUACCUAUGCAGAUGAUGAAUUCUGCAAUUAUGCAGUCGUAGUUCCUUCCGACAAACAAGUCAAUUUGACUUUUAUUCUUGCCGCGUUAGAACAACGUAAAGAACAGCUACUGGAUUACAUUGUGAUAUUCGACGGUGUGGACUGCAUGUCCAAGAGAAUUGCGGCUGUGGUUGAUACCAGCACUCCAACUUUCAUUUCCAGUGGCAACAGCUUGGUCGCUCUCUUCAGUUCAGAUGCGACACAUCGCAGGAGUCCAUUCGUAGCUGAGUUUUCUACAGUCACUGGGCAAACUCCAACGGAACCAGUUUCGCCACCGCCUGUUAAUUACAUAUUGGCAAAGUGUGGUCAGGAGAUUAACGAUGAAUCUGGAAGCCUUUCAUACAGAGGAGAGCUAGGUUGGAAUCAUUUGUGUAUCUGGAAGAUAUCCGUCGGUACUGGAAAGAAGAUACAUCUCAACUUUACCACCAUACGUAUAACCUAUGGUGGCAGUUGGCUACGUGUUUUGGAUGGGGGUGAUUGCGCUGCACCCACAAUCUACUUCAGACCUGGAUUAGCAAGUGUCCGUGACGUGGAGUUAAUUUCUACAUCUAAUUCACUAAUGAUCGUAUAUGCUGCACUAGCUGGAAGGAUAACAGAUCGACUUGAGUUGUCGUAUUACACUGAGAAUACCGGUGGUCGACUACAUGCUGAUUGCAAAACGCUUUCCAUGGUCUUCGCAACUAUGAUUCUCACUGCAGCAGCGCGUUGUUCUACUCACAUUUGAAAACUGCUGGAUUGAAUUUACAUAUCACCUUUUAUUCAUGUCACGAAAAUCAUUGUAUUUAGUACUUACAGUUGCUAUUUAUCUGGUUUUUCCAUACAUGUACCUAAAAUCCAAAUAAAGCACGCUUGUCAACAGU